UCCAAGGCCCAAGCCAACCGAUUCCCAGGAAACGAAAGUCCAAACGCGGGAUACAAAGGGAAAAAAAAGGAGGAAAGUUCCACUCCUUGGCUCCUUGACCCCACAGCCUUUUCCCAUCACCAAUUCCAUCAGAAAUCUAAUUCCGCCAAAACCGAUUCCAACAGAUCUCCAUUACCUUUUCAAAUUCCAAAAGUCUCUUAAUCUCAAUCAAAUGUGAAGAGAUUCUCAAUUUGAGGGCGAGUAUAGGGAGAGUCCAGAGCGAGGAAGAAGAAAUUACAGUGGAUCUAGUUCGAUCCGUCCUCAAUCGGAGAGAGACAGAUGACGAUUCUGUAUGCGUUGGUGGCGAGGGGAUCCCUGGUGUUGGCGGAGUUCAGCGGAACGUCGACGAAUGCGAGCGCGAUCGCGAGGCAAAUUCUCGAGAAAAUUCCGGGGGACAACGAUAGCAAUGUUUCCUACUCUCAAGAUCGCUAUAUUUUUCAUGUGAAGCGCACCGAUGGCCUCACCGUUCUCUGCAUGGCCGACGACACCGCCGGAAGGAGAAUUCCUUUUGCAUUUCUUGAAGACAUUCAUCAGAGAUUUGUGAGAACUUAUGGUCGUGCAGUUCAUUCAGCUCAGGCUUAUGCAAUGAAUGAUGAUUUUUCAAGGGUUCUGAGCCAGCAAAUGGAAUAUUACUCAAAUGAUCCAAAUGCAGAUAGGAUAAACCGGUUAAAAGGUGAAAUGGGUCAGGUACGCAAUGUCAUGAUAGAGAAUAUUGAUAAAGUUUUAGACAGAGGUGAUCGCUUGGAGUUGCUGGUUGAUAAAACUGCUAAUAUGCAAGGAAAUACAUUUCGAUUCAGAAAACAAGCCCGUCGUUUUAGAAGCACUGUGUGGUGGAGAAAUGUCAAACUCACGUAUGUGCUCUAUACUACUAUCUCGUCAUAUAUGUUAACACUUGCACUAGGACAAGAUUCUGAGUAUCAUUCUUUUUUGCGGCCACAUUUAGGAGCAAAAUUACUGGUUGCAAAAUGGGGUAGAAACCUUCUUUUAGAUGACUCAUUUAAAGUAACUCUCAUGAAAGUUUAGCCUAAAACUAAAUACCAGGAUGAUUUACCUGUUUCUUGCCUAUCAAGCGAAUUUAAUGAUCACUUGUAGAAGUAAUUAAUCAUCCCAUUACCAAUGAGCUGUGGUAUCACCAGAGGAUUUCAUGUGAUCCAAGAGUCUGAGAUAGUUGUUGGGUUUUCAAGCUCUCUGAGGUAUAGUACAAUUAUGUAUCAGUAUGAGUACUGGGGCAAUAAUUUUUCCCAUCAAAAGUAAAAGUUGUUGUACAAUGGUCUUCUUAUGAUUAGGAUUUGAACAUAUAGUCUAUUAGUCUAUGAGAAAGAUGGUAUAUCAUGGUAUGCUUUGAAAUUAUGUAAGAUUUUUCCUGGUUGUUGGUGAGAUCUAGAUUAUUUUUAGUUCUCUUUUAUAGCAAAUGCAGAUUUUGUAACUUAAAUAUGUUUAUAUAAGGUCCAAACUGACUGCCAAAUGAAUUUCAAAGCCUUAAUUUUAAACAGUUGCUAUGAAUGUAAUUUAGCAUAACCUUACUAUGAUAAGAUGGAAACUCCCAUAUUUUCUUGAUAGGAUGUUGAAUAUUGUGUUUUGUCGUGCACUGAUAAAAUGCUUUCUAUCUUGCAGGGUUGCACUGAUAAUAAUCCUCCUCGUUAUUGUAUAUGUCAUACUGGCUUUUGCUUGCCAUGGGCUUGCACUUCCUUCUUGCGUUAAGUGAGGGUGGUUGUGGAGUGAGCUUUGCUUGAGUUUCUUGUUUUCUUUUAUUUUAUUUAUUUCUCUCCUUUUAUUUUUCGGUUCUGUGGAUUCUUCUCUUUCAGUUUCCUCUGCUGCAAGUUCCCUUGUUUGUGUAAUUUAAAAGACUCAUCAUCCUCCUUGUCUUCGUGCAUGUCUUUGUCCCUCAUUCAUGGAAAACUUGAACAGGGUUUGUGGCUUGUAUGUUUCUUGAAGCCAUUGAGUUGAUAAUUAAUAUUUAUGGACUAAUUUUUACUACAAA